CCUCAUUGCUAUUUAUUAUGACAAAUUAUUGAUUUUCAAAACCAGAAUAAACACUCAGCCUUUCAAUUUUGAGUGAUACUAAUAGUCAAAGUUAGGCCGGAAUCGUAUCAGGACUGACGUUUACAAGCAUUCAAAGAUACUGCAUUAGUGCCUUCAAAAUGAAGCAGCUUAAAAUGUAUCAUCACUUGCUAUUGCUGUUCUACAUGUGUAAACACUUUGGAGCAGAGCUUCUCCAGCGAAAUGGUACAUCUAACGAAAAAACUUUUAUCGAGAUAGAUAACAUACUUCAAACCUAUGAUAAAAGAGUACGACCAUGCAACAACGGACGACCUCUCACUGUAAUGUGCCAGGUAGAUUUCGUCAAGUUUCAUCCACUGCAGUAUGAAGGAACAUUCACCUUGGAUAUUUACAUACGUACUUCCUGGAAUGAUUUCCGUUUACGUCACAACGCUACAAAAUACAUCACAUACCCUGGAGCAAGUAGUAACGACUGGCUUUGGCAGCCAAACAUCUUUUUUGUGAAUGGCUUGAAAUCAUUCAAGCAUGAUGUUCUAGCACCAAAUCAAUAUGUCCGUCUGUGGCCAAAUGGAGAUAUCUUGACCAGCACCAGGGUGACUGUCGAGGCAGACUGCCCGCAAGACCUGACAAACUAUCCAUUUGAUGUGCAAGUCUGCAAACUGAACUUGGAAAGCUAUAGUUAUGAUUCUGAUGACUUGGCACUUGAAUGGAGAAAUAACUCAGCUUUAAUGUUAUUGAACAGCGAGAUGAGCCAGUUCGUCGUAACCAAGGCAACUUUGCACAAAAAUCGCAACCGUUACAUUUCGGGGGUUUUUGAUUCGUUAUAUGUGAAAAUUUUCUUCCAAAGAAGAAUUGGACACUACGUUUUUCAAGUUUUCAUACCCUGCAACGUUAUUGUUUUGCUUUCGUUUCUUACAUUUUGGAUGAAUCCAGACGAUGUUGGCGAUCGUCUUGCUGUUGGUAUCACUACAGUUCUGACAGUCGUGUUUUUGAUGCAGUCAAUUAACAACCAUUUGCCCAAAGUCAGUUACGCUAAGGCCAUUGAUGGCUACCUGAUUGCAUGUUUUCUACUCGUUUUUGCAACAGUAGCUGAGACCGUUCUUGUGUUUUACUAUUCAAGCCAUUCCAAAAAACAAGACCCAACGUUGCUGCGAAUAUUCAGAAAAUCAAAACAUGAAUUUCAGACCAAAGAAAUCGAUAGCAGGAAUGCAACUAUGAUUAUUAACAACUCAUCUGCUGCAAACGAAGACGGAGAAACAUAUUCGAAAGCGCCAACCGAUGUUAUAAGCAAAGAAAGUGAAUCAUCAAAGGAAAAAACAACUUCAAAGAUUGACUCGUACUCUAAAGUAUUAUUUCCUUUGUCUUUCGUUGUUUCAAAUUUAGCUUAUUGGCUUGUAAUGACAAUGAACAGAGGCUAAAUCUAGUGGUCGGAAUUGAAUCCUGCAAUGUUUCCAACUGAUUUUAAAUCCUUUUUAUUUUACUCCUUCUCUUUCAGCACAUUUUUACAACAUUUCUAAGCAUCUCACUAACGAUGUUACGCAUUUGACUAUAUGUAUGUAUUUUUGUUUCCAAACAGCUUUCCUCUCUCUUAUUUUCUAUAACAAGAUACUUGCCAACCUUAAUGGAACUUGUUAGGUUACUCUGCACAGAAAUGUUUGUGUUCUAAAAUUCAAAUACUGUACUUGCAGCUUUUUUCAAGUGUUGUCCCCAUUAGACUAUAUAAUUUUUUGCCGCAAAAAAGACAAAUAGCACUCCAUUUGAAGACAAAACAGAAGUUUUGCUA